CUUGUCUGUCAACACCCACAGUUUUCUCUCCCUCUCUCUUUCUCUCCCUCUCUCUUCUCAAUCAAAUCCAAUCCUUAUCACAAUCACUCUCUCUUCUCUUUCUUCCCCCAUUUCCCAUUCUUCCGCUCCACGUUACAGACAUGUAUCCUCUUCCCAUGAUUCUCAAUCUUGUGUUUUGUAUAUGAAUCAACAAACAAUCACCCACCAACCCUUUUCCUCAUUUUACCCUUCUUGAUCAAAAUCGAUAAAAGCUUGCAUCUUUAGAUUGAUUCGAUCUUAAAGUUCCUGAAUUGAUUUCUGGGUAAGUUUGAAAUUCAAUGGUGACGGUGAAUCUGGGAAUGCUUCAUUAUGUGUUGGACCACGUUUAUGGAGCAUUCAUGCACCGGACGAAGAUCAGCACACCGUUUUUCUCCGGAGGAUGGGGUGGGACGAAGCUGGAGAUGCUUGAGAAGAUGAUCAACCAGUUGUUCCCGGAAGUUGCUGGGCAGAAUUGGCCACCGAGUUUGGUUCGGCCGGUUUGGAGAACCGUUUGGGAGACCAAGACGGCUUGUUUGAGAGAAGGGGUGUUCAGGACUCCUUGUGGGGAUCAGCUUCUUGCUGCAUUGCCACCUGAGUGUCAUAAUGCAAGGGUUGCUUUCCUUAUGCCUAAGUCUGUGCCUACUCAUAGAAUGGCUUGUGUGGUUCAUCUUGCAGGAACUGGGGACCAUACAUUUGAAAGAAGAUUGCGUCUUGGUGGACCAUUAGUGAAGGAAAACAUUGCAACCAUGGUACUUGAAAGUCCAUUCUAUGGACAAAGACGACCUUUUCUGCAGCGAGGUGCGAAACUUUUGUGUGUUAGUGACUUGCUUUUGUUAGGAAGAGCAACCAUUGAAGAGGCACGUGGUCUCUUACACUGGUUGGACUCUGAAGAGGGUUUUGGCAAGAUCGGUGUUUGUGGACUUAGUAUGGGAGGAGUACAUGCUGCAAUGGUUGGAUCACUUCACCCUUCACCUGUUGCCACACUCCCUUUCCUCUCACCACAUUCUGCCGUUGUGGCAUUUUGUGAGGGGAUUUUAAAGCACGGCACUGCCUGGGAAGCGUUGAGAGAUGAUCUUGCAGCCCAGAAGAUUGCAAUGACUCUCGAGGAGGUGAGGGAACGGAUGAGAAAUGUGUUGUCACUCACAGAUGUCACACGCUUUCCAAUUCCCAAAAACCCCAAUGCUGUAAUCUUUGUUGCUGCUACUGAUGAUGGAUACAUCCCAAAACAUUCAGUGAUGGAACUUCAGAAAGCUUGGCCAGGUUCUGAGGUGAGAUGGGUCACAGGUGGUCAUGUCUCAUCCUUCCUUCUCCAUAAUGGCGAGUUCCGAAGGGCCAUCGUCGAUGGUCUUGAUAGAUUACCAUGGAAAGAGCCUCCAUUGUGAUAGAGUCACUGCACUUGGUUAAGAUAUUGCUUUUAUACUGUUGAAUGUUGAUUGAUCAGUGGUCCUUUCCACCUUACACCACUAAAAUUGUAACCUUGCAUAGUUGAUCCCAGACUUCUUCCCCAAAUGAAGUGGGAAGGGGGGUUGUACAUUAUCAUAACAAAAUUGUACAUUAAAGUUAUAAUAAUGGGGACAUAAGUGUUUUUUUA